AUGAAAAAAUUUGUAACAUGUAAUUUAAAAAUACCUUUAGAUAAAUUCAAUGCCAUGUAUAAUGUAUGGGGGAAGUGCGUAAUGGUAAAUCUAUUUAAGAAACUCGCUUUCAUCUAUUGACUCACAAACAAAGUUUGUGGGUGGAGGAAGCCUUGAGAAGAGAUGCAUCGAAUCGUUUUCCGUGCGAAAGCUUCGGUGUCUCGCCCCCAUAUUUACUUCCGCGAAUUUUUGGCAAGAAAUACCAGAAAUGCUUUCUCGAAGAAGCAUUUACGGCUUCUACCUCCUCUCUCCUCUUUUCUUCUUUACUGAGAAUUUAUCCGCCAGAUCUGACAACGGAUCGGAUCAAGUUAGCUUUGCUCUUGCCAAUUGACGCAAUGAUAAGACGAGACUGACAUUCGAUCGCGAAAUUCAAGGAUCCAAAUAUAAAAUAAAUGACUCGCUUAAUAGCUUGAGUCGCUAAUAAUCAUACGCAGUUAUUGCUAACAAAAUUACAUUACGAAGAAAUCAUUAUUCAUCCAUAUUCAUUGUUGUGAUCUAGGAAUAAAGGUUUAUUGAAGGCAACCUGGUUGGAUGAGACCGAUCCGAUGCGCUUAAAAACAUCCAUGAACUUGCACCCGUACAUCGUUUUCUCGUUGGGAUUUGCAGACAUGCCGCGUAAAUCGUCUAAAUAUUUUGGCUACUGCAGACUUCAUCAAAACUGCUUCAUGCAGUCGGCUGCACCACGUGCGUCAGUUUCGCUCUGUUCGACGCUUGCUGAAAAGCUUUGAACACUGUCAAUCUCGUUAGGUGUUAUCCCACGUGCCUGUCCGAGUUCCUUUCGAAUGUCAAAUCACGGCAAUGACGAUUGCGAGUCCCUGCGCCGGUCCAGCCUUUCCGCAAAGAUGCAACGUAGCCUGAGAAAGAUGAGAAAAAGCAUCCAAAAGAUUACUGAGAGCAUCCACGAGGACGAUAAACAUUCGUUAUAUAUUUCCCCCGAGCAACUGUCCACGUUGACCUGGCGAACUGGCUUCUCCAAAGACGAAAUUCGCAAGCUAUAUCGCGCUUUCAAGCAGCUGUGCCCGAGAGGAUGUGCGACAUCCGGUGACUUGAAGCCUGCGUAUGCCAAAUUAUUCCCGCUUGGCGAUCCGGCCAGAUACGCGCAAAUUUUGUUCAACAGCUUCGACAGAGAUGGUGAUGGUAUCGUUAGUUUCAGCGAUCUUCUUGAAGCCAUGACAACGAUCAUCAACGGCAAUAUGGAUCAGAAGCUUUCCUGGAUAUUCGGGUUCUACGAUUUGAAUGGGGAUGGUUGUAUCACGAGACAAGAGAUGCUGAUCACAGUAUCUGCGAUUUACGAAAUGGUACAAGACGCACAGGCCAUCCAAUCCGUAGUUAACAGACAAGUAGACAGGUUCUUUGAGAAGAUGGAUGCGAAUAAAGAUGGUGUGGUUUCCAAGGAAGAAUUUAUGAGCGGUUGUAAAAAUGACGCUAUUAUAUACAACCAGUUGCUCUUAUUUAACAAGAUCUGAUGAUGGAAAAUAAUAAAUCUUAAAAAAUUAAUG